GCAGCCAUGCUCGUGUCCCGGUCCCGAUCCUUUCCGCUGCAACCGAUCAACGAUGGGGGGGUAAACGCGUAAACAACUCAAUUUUCAGGGACGAAACCGGCAAAGGAGAGCAAAUGACAUGGACAGCAGACGGGGAGGAGGAGAGGGGCAGGAAGCGGGAAGGAUAGGAGGAGGAGGAGGAGGGGGUUCGGGAAAGAGAGGCAGGAGUGGAGUGGGAGGAAGAAAGGUGGGAGAGGUCGGGGGGGAAUCAGGAAAGGAGGAAUGUAGGCAAGAAGGUGUCGUGGGAUGUCGGAGAGUUUCAAAGGGGCUGGACAUUCAAGAUCUAUGUGAUGCAGCCAUGUGUCCGAUGAAAUCCGUCGAGCGCCCAGUGGGACCAGCAGAAGGGGUCAGAGGAGGGGUAGUGGGAGGUAGAGAACGAGAGGGAGGUGGAGAAGGAGAGGGAGGUGGAGAACGAGAGGGAGGUGGUUCCAGGUUAGCAGCCGGUCACCUAAACCUGCGAGAGCGGGAAGACGGAACCGCAGAAAGACACGUCUUUUCUCAACGAGCCUGUUUGACAACCAAACAUGAAUCCUCUUCCACCUCCUCCUCUUCCACCUCCUCCUCCUCCUCCUUCUCCUCCUCCUCCUCCUCAUUGCAGUCAUCAUCACCGUUAUCGAACGUAGGAGUUGUAGAAGCUGUUGAAUUAGGGGAAGUAGCCAAUCACGAACGACAAGAACAUGAAGGACAACGUUUUUUGUGCGCCGGGUCGGAAAAAUGGUCGGGCUCUUUCGAAUCUAGGUGGAGGAGGGGGGCAAUGUACCGUUUAGUCCAGUUGCUCUGGGGAUUGCUGCGACUUCUAGCGAGCUUGGAAUUGGAGUGGAAGCUCUUGCUACUGUACUUGAUGAUGAGUGUGGGGGCAAGUAUCACCUGCACGCAUGGGUUCGAACUCACGACCUACGAUCCCGUGAACCGAUCAUUCGGGCUAGCGUUUUCUGAGUGUGAAAAGAGGCAACUUGAACCGGUUUGGGCAAAGAGUAGUAUGGAUGACGGCGAUUCUGCUGAAAAGGCUGAAGAAGGCGGUGCUGCUCAAAAUGGCAGCAUGGGAUUUGCAGGGAACAGCAAUGUAGAGAGCGUGAGAUGGAAAGCAUCGUGUGAAUUUUCUCUUCGUGGGAGAAAGCAGGUAAACGGAGGAGGAGGAGGAGAGGAGGAGAAGGAGGAGGUGGAGUGGGAGAGUGUCAAGGUGGUGGGCUAUGUAGUGCCAGGGUUGGGGCAAGGAUGGUGCGAGCCUCCCCACCUGAAGAACGAGGCUCCCCGCCCGACGAACGACAGGCUGAGCCUCUCGUGCAAUCAGGGAUUCAAUUUGUCUAUGACGUUGGAAGGAGGAGGAGGAGGAGGAGGAGGAGGAGGAGGAGGAGGAGGAGGAGGAAGAGGAGGAGGAGGUGCUGAGAAUCAAGGAGCCGCUGGCCUUUGGCCUAUUGAAUUUGUGAUGGACUUUGGGGUUACUCUGUUCAUUCCCGGACUCACUGUCGACGGCAAACGGAACGAAACGGUGAGUUUCGAGUUGAUCCGCAAAGGGAAUGAAACGAUUAGCGAAUUGAUCGGCAAACGGAACGAAGCGGUGAGCGAAUUGAUCGGCAAACGGAAUGAAACGGUGAGCGAAUUCAUCGGCAAACGGAAGGAAACGGCGGCCGUCAAACUGAAUGAAACGCUGCAGGAAUUGUUGGGCCGACGGAAUGACACAAAGGAGAACAGCUUGAGCGGAAACGGGAACAAAACAGUAGCUGACUGUGAUUCGUUAGGAAAUGUAGGGGAAGGAGGGGAGAGGGGGGUAGUAAUCAUCGAAGGGGUAGGAGCAAUAAAUCAAGGGAAAGGAGGAGGAGGGGGAGGGGGAGGGGGAGGCGGAGGAGGAGGAGGAGAGGGAGGGGAAGGAGGGGGCAACUUAACGGUGGAUGUCUUCGGGCUGCAAAGCGCGAAUGUGCUUCGUGCGCACUGGGAAGGAGCGAAUAUAGCAGAGCUGUGUGAUCACAAUUGGGAGACAAGCGUGGGGAGGAGGGAGGUAGACGAAGAUCAUGGCUCGUUGAGAUGGGACGUACUAAAUGGGUUAUCAUUAGCCGAGGCAGAGGCUAGCAUGGUUGUAGAAGCGGGCAUGGUGAGGAGGGGGGGGGGCGACGAUGGGUGGAGGACAAUGAUCUUCAUAUUCGUAUCGAGUCUGAUACUAUGUCUGAUGUUUCUAUGGAUAAGUAGGAAACUGUGGGAGUUGAUAAGGAGAGUGGGGGAGGAGGAGGAGGAGGAGGAGGAGGAGGAGGAGGAGGAAGAAGAAGAGGAGGAGGAACGGGAGGAAAGCGUGGUAGUAAUAGGAGAAGGAGGAGUAAUGGUGCGCGUACGACGACGAGGAGAAGGAGAAAGGGGAGAAGAGGGAGGAGGGGGAAGAAGAAGGAGGGGAAGAAGAGGCAGAGUCGGAGGAGAAGCAGGAGGAGUAGGAAGAGUAGAGGGAGGAGGAGAAGGAGGAAUAGGAAGAGGAGAAGGAGGAGGAGGAGGAGGAGGAGGAGGAGGAGGAGCUGGUGAAGACGAAGAUGCUACCAUGACAUCUAGUAUUUUGUCAAUGUCCAUAUCGAUGGUCACUGCGACUUCUUCCUCUUUCGUUCUUCCUGAAGGCAUGUCCGCUGCCUCACCGGGGGAGACUUCUACCUCUCGGACCGCCAUGGAUGGUACCUUACCCGCGUUCGACUUCUGCCUGGAGCCAUCGCCGUCGUCGAUCUCUUCAGCGGGACUCGAUGCCUAUCUCGAUAGAGAGGAGAGAGAGAGAGUGAGAGAGAUGCAAGCCACAGUGACUACAGCAGCUGGUAAUGACGAAAGUCGGCCAAUUGACGGAGAAGCAGGGAUUCGAGCCCACGAUCUCGAAAAUGAAGCAACUGUACGUGCUGCUGUAGAUAAUCAUAAUCACCAUGAUGAGCUACAGACCAUACCUCUGCCUCCUCCCAAUAGGCAGUCGGGGGGCGUAUCUCUGCAGCUGCUGGUGAUCCCAUCUUCCGCACAUCUAGACAUGAGCAGUAUGAACAUAAACGAAGAGAACAGCAGCAGCAGCAGCAGCAGCAGCAGCAUUAUAAACAGGGAAGGCAAUGUAACUGCACCACAAGGAAAUGUAAUGGACGCCUGCAAUUGGUCGUCCUCAUUGCAGGUACCGGAAGAGGACACGAGGCAGUUCGUCGCCGUCCAUUCGCCGAAUCCCGACGAUCUGCCCUGGCUGGGAAUCAGAGAGGGCUACGACGUCAUGAGCACUCUCGCAGAUCACCACCAACACCGCCGUCCAGGCAGCAGCAGCAGCGGCAACAACAACAACGACAACGACGACAGAUCAGCUUGAUUAAUCGUGCCGAUUAAUCAUGCCGUGUAAUAAUGCUUUCGUCGGUUACAGACUUUGCCCCGGUUGUGGCUGAUGAAAAUACGCUUUCCUCGAUGACUUUUAGGGGUGUGUGAGAGAGAGAGAGAUGGGGGGGGGGGAGCAUUUGUAUGCGUGUGUGUGUGUGUGGUUCUGAAAGGGGGAGCGGGUGGGGGAAGUCGAGGGCAGGCUGCUCUCUCUCUCUCUCUCUCUCUCUCUCUCUCUCUCUCUCUCUCUCUCUCUCUCUCUCUCUCUCCCCGCAAGUGAUUGCUUCAUUGAUCGUUCGUGUGUGUGUGUGUGUGUGUGUGUGUGUGUUGGUGUGUGGUGCAACGCCUGAGCAUUGAUGCGGGCGUACGAGAGGACAGGGAAAGAGGAUUUCUGAGGCCAGAAGAGGCAGAGUAAAGAGGAAAGGAAUUAGACUAAGUAGAAAAUGGGAAGGAGAGAGAAUUGAGAGACGGGCGGGAAAGAGUCGCUACUUAUCCGGUACGUAUCGGCCCCGCUGUUGAGAGCGUGUGUGAAUCUGCACAGAGAAGUCUUAAUGAAGUUGUCUAUAGUGU